GAGUUCUCGGUGUAAAUACCAUUUUGUUCAGCGCCGGUGCGGGCUUUGGAGGAAAGUGACCUAUUUCGAAGACCUUUUAUCGCUUCCCUUCAGACGGGCAUGUGCCUGCUGGUCCCGUUAGCCGAAUAGCGUUUCCCAACCGGUUUAAUUCGGCAGAUUAAAAUAUCGCGUGGAAGGUGGAUUUCUGCAACUUGCGUGCGGUAAUCCAUGCUGAAGAGGCUCCAUUCAUACAGAUGAACCAAGGGUUGAGGCAGCACUUUAAACCCAGAUAGUCGGUCGGCUAACUGCCCAGCAGGAUGCCAUCAACCAGCCGAGCGGGCAGCCUGAAGGACCCAGAAAUUGCAGAGCUCUUCUUCAAAGAAGAUCCAGAAAAGCUCUUCACAGAUCUCCGAGAGAUUGGCCAUGGAAGCUUCGGAGCAGUUUAUUUUGCACGUGAUGUGCGCACCAAUGAAGUGGUGGCCAUCAAGAAAAUGUCAUAUAGUGGGAAGCAGUCCAAUGAGAAAUGGCAGGAUAUUAUUAAGGAAGUCAAGUUCCUCCAAAGAAUAAAGCACCCUAACAGUAUAGAAUACAAAGGCUGCUAUUUGCGGGAGCAUACAGCAUGGCUUGUUAUGGAAUAUUGUUUAGGAUCAGCGUCAGACUUACUAGAAGUUCAUAAAAAGCCAUUGCAAGAAGUGGAAAUAGCAGCAAUUACCCAUGGUGCUCUCCAGGGAUUAGCAUACUUGCAUUCUCACAAUAUGAUCCAUAGAGAUAUCAAGGCAGGAAACAUCCUGCUGACAGAGCCAGGACAGGUGAAGCUUGCUGACUUUGGAUCUGCUUCCAUAGCAUCUCCUGCCAAUUCAUUUGUGGGGACGCCAUAUUGGAUGGCCCCAGAAGUAAUUUUAGCCAUGGAUGAAGGGCAGUAUGAUGGCAAAGUAGAUGUUUGGUCUCUUGGAAUUACCUGUAUUGAGUUAGCGGAAAGGAAGCCUCCUUUGUUUAAUAUGAACGCAAUGAGUGCCUUAUAUCACAUAGCGCAGAAUGAAUCCCCUACACUACAGUCUAAUGAAUGGUCUGAUUAUUUUCGAAACUUCGUAGAUUCUUGCCUCCAGAAAAUUCCUCAAGACAGGCCUACAUCAGAGGAGCUUCUGAAGCACAUGUUUGUUCUUCGGGAGCGGCCCGAAACAGUGUUAAUAGACUUGAUUCAGAGAACAAAGGAUGCAGUGAGAGAACUGGACAAUCUGCAGUAUCGUAAAAUGAAGAAGCUCCUCUUCCAGGAGGCGCACAAUGGCCCCGCGGUCGAAGCACAGGAGGAGGAGGAGGAACAAGACCAUGGUGUUGGCAGGACAGGAACAGUGAAUAGUGUUGGAAGUAAUCAGUCCAUUCCCAGUAUGUCUAUCAGUGCCAGUAGCCAAAGCAGUAGUGUUAACAGUCUUCCAGAUGCCUCGGAUGAUAAGAGCGAGCUGGAUAUGAUGGAGGGAGACCACACCGUGAUGUCAAAUAGCUCUGUCAUUCAUUUAAAGCCGGAGGAAGAAAACUACAGAGAAGAAUCAGAUCCUCGAACAAGGGCAUCAGAACCCCAGUCUCCUCCCCAAGUGUCUCGCCACAAGUCUCAUUAUCGCAACCGGGAGCACUUUGCUACUAUACGCACAGCAUCGCUGGUGACAAGGCAAAUGCAGGAACACGAGCAAGACUCUGAACUCCGAGAGCAGAUGUCUGGCUAUAAACGCAUGAGACGGCAACACCAGAAGCAACUGAUGGCAUUAGAGAAUAAACUGAAGGCAGAGAUGGACGAGCAUCGCCUCAGGUUGGACAAAGAUCUUGAAACACAGCGUAACAAUUUUGCUGCAGAAAUGGAAAAGCUAAUUAAAAAGCACCAAGCAGCCAUGGAAAAAGAGGCUAAAGUGAUGGCCAAUGAAGAAAAGAAGUUUCAACAGCAUAUUCAGGCUCAACAGAAAAAAGAACUGAACAGUUUCCUGGAAUCCCAGAAGAGAGAAUAUAAGCUCCGUAAAGAACAGCUGAAAGAGGAGCUGAAUGAAAACCAGAGCACUCCAAAGAAGGAGAAGCAGGAGUGGCUCUCCAAGCAGAAGGAGAACAUCCAGCAUUUCCAGGCAGAGGAAGAAGCCAACUUACUGAGGCGUCAGAGACAGUACUUGGAGCUGGAGUGUCGCCGCUUUAAGAGACGGAUGCUCCUUGGCCGCCAUAAUUUGGAGCAGGACCUGGUUCGGGAGGAGUUAAACAAAAGGCAGACACAGAAGGACCUGGAGCAUGCCAUGCUGCUGCGUCAGCACGAGUCCAUGCAGGAGCUGGAGUUCCGCCAUCUCAGUACCAUCCAGAAGAUGCGCUGUGAGCUGAUCCGACUCCAGCACCAGACUGAGCUCACCAACCAGCUGGAAUACAACAAGCGCCGAGAGCGGGAGCUGCGGCGUAAGCACGUCAUGGAGGUCCGGCAGCAGCCCAAGAGCCUGAAGUCAAAAGAACUACAGAUAAAGAAGCAGUUUCAGGAUACAUGCAAGAUCCAAACAAGACAGUACAAAGCACUGAGAAACCAUCUGCUGGAGACCACGCCAAAGAGUGAACAUAAAGCUGUCCUCAAACGGCUCAAGGAGGAGCAGACCCGGAAGCUGGCUAUCCUGGCUGAGCAGUAUGAUCACAGCAUUAAUGAAAUGCUCUCUACACAAGCUCUGCGUUUGGACGAAGCGCAGGAAGCAGAGUGCCAGGUUUUGAAGAUGCAGCUGCAGCAGGAAUUGGAGCUGCUGAAUGCAUAUCAGAGUAAAAUCAAGAUGCAGGCAGAAGCCCAGCAUGAUCGGGAGCUGCGUGACCUUGAGCAGAGGGUAUCCCUCCGCCGGGCCCUCCUUGAGCAGAAGAUUGAGGAGGAGAUGCUGGCAUUGCAGAAUGAGCGUACCGAACGGAUACGAAGCCUGCUGGAGCGUCAAGCUCGCGAGAUCGAAGCCUUUGACUCAGAAAGCAUGAGGCUAGGUUUUAGUAAUAUGGUUCUUUCUAAUCUCUCCCCCGAGGCGUUCAGCCACAGCUACCCGGGAGCUUCUGGCUGGUCCCACAAUCCUACUGGGGGCGCAGGACCUCACUGGGGUCAUCCCAUGGGUGGCCCACCACAAGCUUGGGGCCAUCCAAUGCAAGGUGGACCUCAGCCAUGGGGUCACCCCUCGGGGCCCAUGCAGGGGGUACCUCGAGGUAGUGCUAUAGGGGUCCGCAACAGCCCCCAGGCUCUGAGGCGGACAGCUUCUGGGGGACGGACGGAACAGGGCAUGAGCAGGAGCACAAGUGUUACUUCACAAAUAUCCAAUGGUUCACACAUGUCUUAUACAUAACUUAAACAAUAACUGAGGGUGGCAAUUCCACUGGAGCUGUCUGCCAACAGAAACUGCCUACAGACACCAGCCCAGCAGCCUCCUCAGUGCGGUGCUGACGUGUGGAAGCUGGGUGCACAUGGAAUAUUGUAUUCAUUUUGUAAAGCAUUAUGUUUUGUGUUUACUAACUGGGAUGUCAUAGUAUUUGGCUGCAGGGCUGGGAGGGUUGGUUUUUGUUUGUUUGUCUGUUUGUUUUUACUUUUUGGAGGGGACUUGGGAGGGCAUCUGAGAAAUAUAUGCAAUUAGUCAGAAGAGUUGGCCGGUGGUUGUCACACUGACGUGACAGAAGGGCCUCAGACUGCCAUUGUCACGCCAUCCAUAGGAAAGGGAGAAUGGAGACCUCCUCCCAUGUCCAUAAAUUUCUAACUGCCACCCUGCAAAAACCAGGUGAGCUGCCUUUAAACCAACAUCCAAGGGAGGAACAGCUGGAUCUUCUGUUCCAUUUUUAUUUGUCAUUAAAUUGGAUACAUUUCUAGGGUAUUGCCUCUGCCAGGGGGCAUUUUCAGAGACUUGUAGGUGAGGAAGAAGGGUGAGAAGAGAGGCCAAGAGACACCAGGGCUCAGCAGGGCCCUUCGACCCAAGUGCCCGCUCCGUGUUGUUUAAGAAGUGACGUUCUCUCAGAAGGCACUGGUCAGCUUCCCGAGAACUGCGUGGGUAAACCUGUCUGGAGGGAACAGGCUAGAAAUGUUCGAAGUUGUAUUCCUGCUUUGGCACUCCCUGACUGUGCUGCUGUUAGCUCAGAUGAGGUUGGGCAGAGGAGCAUAAGUAAUGCACUUGUACAGCUAAUACUGUGACAUCUCAUUUUAGCUAAGCAUCAGAAUAAUUCUUGGAGCCCAGCAUAGUCCUUUUUGCUCCAUUCGGAAAUGUUAGAUUUUCAGCCAAUCAAUCUCAAAUGCCAGAGGUAUUUUGAAGAAUGCCAUAGUCACAAAAUGCCAUUGAUCGGGUUUUUCAUUAUUACACUACAUCCACCAAUUUAUUACCUUUUUGGCUUGUUGCAAUUUCCUGUUUACAUGUAGAGUGUAGCCAACUGUUUAAAUGUUUAGUUGCCACAGUGUACCAGGAGGAGCUGAGCCAAUGACUUUCCCAGCUGAUGACUAACCCACAUCACCACUGUAGAUCUUGCUGCAUGUGAGGCUCCUUUUUAUUAUUUUGGUUGCUGCAAUAUUUUACAACUUUUACAGUCCCUCGAGAUGCUGUGAUUGUUUGGCAGCAUGUCACACCAUGCGAGAAGGCACUACUUCCGGAGGCUCCUUGGAGCUGCUGUACUACUGAAAGGAAGCAAAGGUGGUUGUGAAAUCAAUCCAGUGAUAAAGGGUCAGGGAGUCUAAUGACUUUGUGGCAUAGUGUCAUCUCUUAGAGCUGGGAAUUGGAGAUGCCCCCAUGCUCUCGUGCCAGUGCGUUCUGCGUCAGCCAGCACCGUGGGGUUAGGAGAGGAGCAGGUAGAUGAAGUUUGGCUUGAGGCAAAGAUUUCUGUCUUGGGGACUGACCAGCCAGGGUUCUUUGUAAAUGUUUUUCCUUGCACACUAAUCAUCUUGAAGAAAACACUAGCUGCUAACUCUAGGAUUUGCCUUUAAUAUGUUUAUAGGGCUCAAAAGCAAGGUUUUCCAAAUGUGUUUGUCCAUGUGACAUAUUUAUAUAGUAAAUACUCUAGUCUCGCUGCUGUUCAGUACUCUCAACACGGCGACAUUCUUUCGUUAGCUAAAUUAACAUCCACUCCCAAUCCUUAACUCUCUGCCAGCGUCUGGUGAAUCCAAGUGGGAUUUCCAGCGCUUUGGCAUAGCAUAUCACUCUAAUCAAAGAUGGAAACAAUACCAAAAUCUGCUUGAGCAGCCCCUUAGUAAGGAGCUUUGUAGUAUUAACAGUUCAUGGAAGCUUGGGAUGAGGCAGUGGUCCCAAGAAGGGGGUUGGUCUGGUUGCCCCCUGUGGCAAGUGAUGGCCAUGGAUUCUCCUAUUCCUUCUUCAGCUAUGGUUUUUUAUGUGGAAUUGGAUGUUUGGGGGGUCAUUCUUUUGCAUUGCAAUGUUGUUGAAAUGCAGCAAAACUGUUUUAGGAAAGGUACCUAUAUUUUCCUGGGUUUAGAAGGAAAGAAAAAAUUAAAUGAAAAUCCCCAAACCCCAAAUUGUAUUGGAAUUUACAAUGUGAGUGUGGAGGGUGUGCCCAGAGCGUGGUGCUAACACACUGUUCUGCAGUUCAGCUCCUCAAUCACAAACAGCAGCAGCGGCAGCAGGGACAGGCUGUACCUGCGAGUUCAGUGGGUUCAUUCUUUUGCUUCUGUUACGGUUUGAAUUUGGUCAAAGUCUCUGGCUUAAAUUGAGCUACUUCAACAGAAUUCUCUCAACCCAUCUCUUUGUGUAAUGUCAAGCAUGACUGAAUGCUGAAUCCAAAUGAUGGCUAUCCCAUAUUGGCUUUUUUGUAUUCAAAAAGAAUUGUGUAGUAACCAUUUUUACAUGUAUAUCAUGUGCAGACCUGGACUAUUCCAACAAGUAAUAUUUUAAUUAAAAUAGUUUGCAAAAACUGAUUCAGAUCAACUGGUCUAAAUGUGUGUGUCCCUGUGUGUACCUGUGGGAAGGAAAGCUGUCCUAAAUGAGCCUGAUCUUGAGAGAAAGCAGGUGUAGCCAGAGACUCAAGAUCAGGUUGUACAUUGGAGGUAUAGGAGGAGGUCAUCGGUGUUGAGAAUUUUAAUAUAUCUCAAAUAUAUUUGUGAGAUAUAUGAACAACUGUAAAAUACGCUAGAGAGAAGCAAACACUUUCUGAAUCAGUUUGCAAACUCUUAUUUUUAAAAGACAAAUUACUCCAUAUUGUACUUGUCACAGUCAUGCCCUAAACUUGGUUUUAAAAAUAUUGUAAUCCGUAAAUUGUGGAAACUACUCCAGUACCUCAACAAAGAUGUUUUUACAUCUUCUGUGUUAAUACUUAACACUGGGGAAAUUCUUCUGUAUGAACUACUUUGCAAAUUUUGUUGCAGUAUUUUCAGAUCACCAGCUUGACACCUAAAAUCUGUUAUUCUGUGAUUAUUUUUUUCCCCUUUGCAAACACCUGAAGUUCUGAUGAAGUUUAGCCCAGAGAUAUAAAACCAGAGAAGCCAGCAUUUUUACCUCUUCAUCUGAUUUGAAAUUCUUUUGAUUUUAUUUAAUUAAAAUCCAGUGAAAGGGACCACGUUUUUCUUGUUCUCCAUGGUCCCAGGGAGGCAGCAGCCACCUCUCCCAUCCAUGCUGAACAUUAUGUGCUUUGUUCCUCGGAUGCAGCAUUGAAAUGGAGGUCAGCUCUCUUUCACCUGCAUUCAGUCCAAGCCUGUGAGCUUCAAAGGGGUUGAAGAAACAAAGGUGGUACGAUACCAAGCUUUCCACAGAAAAUUCCCUGCAGCCAUUCCUCGCCUGGCUCGGGACACAGAGCGAUGCCAGCCUGUUCCCGUUCAUCGCUCACGUUUCAGAAGAAUGUGCCUUGCACAUUCGCUGCAACCUGUGCAGGAUGCACUAUGGUAGAUCCUGGAAUAAUGCUGUUUAUUCACCCCACAGGGAAAAGGGGCCGUUGAACUUCAGGCCGCCCUUCCACAUUGACCCUGUUUACGUGCCAUUUCUUGGGAGGCAAUAAAUUGUAUUGUACCACUGUCUACCAUUACUCUGUUGAAUACGCACAUCUCUCUGGAUAUAUAUAUGAUAUCUCAUUUGUAUAUAUUUAUGUACUCGGUGUCUGUGCGUGCAGCUCUGCCUGCACGCGCGCCUCACGCUGUGCAUUUCUGCCCGGGCACGUCAGUGCUGCUGUUCUUUAGCCCUCCCUCGGGUUUGAGCUGCCGCCACCGUGCAGCAGGGCGCUGUUAGGGCAAGUGCAUGUGCAUCCGAACAAAACGUGCUAGGGCUGAACGCGGUGAAAAGCCCUUGCCUAAAUGCUGCCCUGUUAAUUAUAGCUUGCUUUUGUGGGGGAGCGGGAGGGUAGGAUAGCUGCUAUUGGUGUGCUGUGAAGGAGAAAAGGGAGCUCACAAAGGGUACCAGAAAGUCGGGAGGCAGCAGAGAAGAAAACGAGAUGGCGUAGCGAUAGGAAAGCAGUUCAGGCAAUGUACGGAUCUGCUGGAGAGGCAGUGAGUGGGCAGGUGAAGUGCUCAGCAGGCUGAGCUCAGAUUCCCCAGCUGUGUCUCACCACGAAAGAUCACAAGCCCAGCAAGGUCUUGGCACGCUGCACAGGCGCUAACUUUUGGCAUUCCUGAGUUUAAGCUGCCACUAACUCUGAACGCUGCAUCUACCUUUCUUCAUGUCUAAUAACUGGAACAGAUUUUGGGAAGGUCUGAAAGAGAAGUGAAAUUGGAAAGCUUAAAAAAAGUGUGUGUAUAUAUGCAUACGUAUAUAUUCAUAUGUAUAUACGCAUACACAGAGUUGUUCCAUUCUUUAUUCUGCUCCCUUCCUGCUCCUCCAGCUUAGGCGCUGGGUGUUCUUACUUGAGCGCAGUGAGUAGGGGACAGCCUUGUUCUUUCCCUGGGUGCCUACUUGCUGUUUCUGUCCGAUUCUAGUAAGUUGUGCCGUGGUCUUUCUCUUAGCAGAGGGGUAAAAGCCAUGCUGGACAAGUGGCAGCUUUCAACCAUGAGCCGCUUAAGCUGUGAAGUCCCUUUCUUCUGCCCUUCUCCUUUGCCCUCUAAGACCCCAACCUCUUAGCGAGACAUUUGGCAGUUUGGGGGAGAAACGGUUCUGGGGUGUGUCAAGUCAUGACCGUGUAUGAAGCCAGGAUAUUCACCCCGGGGGGAAGACCAGCCUCCGAGCCCAGCCGGGGUUAGCAGCAUGCCAAACACAGAGGCUCUCUUCUCUGUGCUGCCAUAAAAAUGGGAGGCAGUUCUCCCCUUUUGAAGGUCUCUUGCGAGCUUUUUGGGAGGCACUUGGGUUUGGUUGUGACAUCCUUGCCCUUUCACAAGUAGUGUCAUCUUAGACUUGCCUGUGCUCCUGCCUGUGGGACUUUUCCACCCUGGCACUGCCUUGUUGCGAGCCGCGAGUAGUGUGCCAAGAGCGGAGGAGUGGUGGAUGCCCAGCCUGACGCUGGCUGAUGUCCGUCUGCUGUGUUUGUUUCAAUUUGCACUUUUUUGAGUCGAUUGAGCCAGAGUCUGUUGAGAAAUGCAUGUGAGACAGUCCAUAGGGUUGUGGGUAGCUGUUUACAGCCAAGAAGCAGCUGAUUGAUCUAGCGGCUAUAUUAAACGUGACCCCACCAGGGAGAGAUGGAAGCAGAUAACCCCGACUCCUGCCGCACGGUGGGAUUCAAGCGGUUGGGUCUGCACCGUUUACUCGCUGCAUCCCUCCCCUGCCCCUCGGCCCGGCUGCCCUCCCCCAGCGCUGGGGCAGGAAAGGCCUUUGCUAGCUGGAGAGGGACUUAGUAAAUUGGGGUUUGCCAGCAAACAAGCACCUUAACCACCAAGCUGUGGGUCUCUGAAUACUUGCACUUCACCUGAAGACUCCUCUGGGGGGGGAGGAAGGCAGUUUGGUACAUGACCAUUUGCUUUGCACCCGUCUGGUGUCCUCAAAACAUCUUAAAGCCAUGUUCUAGGAAGAAAACCAAGAGCAGUUCCCUCUCUGCUUGCUUUCUCCGAGUGCACACACUGAGUCCAGAAACCUGGAGGUAAUCCGCCGCGGAGAGGCGGGAGUUGCCACCACGGAUGUGAACAAACCCAGGGGAAUCGUCCGCCCCUGCCUCACCCCCUGCCCUGCUCCCCACCCCCUGAGUACGGGUACCUCAGAACAUGCACAGUUUGAAUUUUUCACUGACAAUUAGUUUAAUUGUUGUGGGUGAAAAUGCUGUAAUUAUCUGUAAAUAUGUAGUUAACAAAUUGACCUAGUUUCUGUAUUUUUUAAGUUUUUGUACUAAAAUUUAUAGAUACAGUAUGUGCCAGCUAGCAAAAAGCUACUGUAAUCGCCAGACGUAGUGCAGCGUGCCCCUAACCCCGGGAGGUGUCCGAGGGACGCUGGGGAGCCGUGCUCGGUGCCGCACGCGGGGGCUGUGGCGGCAGAGCGGGGCGGCCGGAGGGACGGCGGCGGCAGUGGCAGCUCUCGCCUUCGGCUCCCGGACCCGCUCCCCUUAUCCCUGUUUGCUGCCAGGACACUUCUUCCCUUGCGCUUUCCGUGCGGGCACUGUAACGUGGUCAGUACGAGGGAUGGGAGCGAUGGCUCGGAGGUUUUUCUGGGGCCGAACUCACCGCGAACCGAGUUUGGUUUCUUCGCUAGAGUUUCAUAGCGUCUUAUUGCUGUGUUUUUCAAACUCUAUAGAAACGAUAUGUUUUCCCCUUCUAAACGCUUUUGUCUUAAACCUGAGAUAAUCUAAACCUACUGGAGGAAAAGAUGCAUUUCGUUUAAGACCGGUGCCUGCUUUUAGUGCCAGGAUCACGCAUUUCUAUGGCAACUCGGAGCUCAGCCGGGUUCGGGAAGGAGCACGCGGUCGUUCCCGCGCUGCAGUCCAUCGCCGCUUUCGCGCGGCUCGGCGCCAGGCUGCCGGCAGCCCCUGCGGCCGCGGCGGACGAGUCACGUCGCUAAAUCAGGGGUGGCUUCCCCUCCCCUUGCAUUUCACAAGCAUGAAGUAAGCGGCCGGUCCCACCUUUGCUCCGUAUCUGGUGGCAGAGGCGAGCCUACAAGUCGGGAGCAGCUUUGCCAAGCGCCCCGGGAGCCCGCAAGCGGAGGAGGCGGCUCGGCGCGCUGGCGAGACCGGGCUCUCGCGCUGGGUUUGUCGGGUUACCCGGGAGGUUUUGGGGGACGUGAGCUUUUAAGGAGUCUAGUAGCAUCAGCGAGGAGAGGCGUAUAUGUGCGCAUGGGUUUGGCUUCUGGCAAGCAAACCACCUGCUUCCUUUCUUCGGCUUUUCUUUCCUCCUCACCCCGCUCAGCUCUUCACCUUGCUUGGAACAGGAACAUUUUUACCUGACUGAAAAAAAAACCAGCUAAAACCUGGGGGCAGACUUGAUGUAAAUACUUACCGUUACAAAGUGAAGUGUGUAUAACAUAAAAGGCUACAGCCAUUUGGUGACUUGUAAAUGCUUGAGGAGGUUGUGUUAACACGUGGGUCGCUCAGUCCUGUCUUGAGUCCGCAGCCGCCGUCAGCCCGGCGAGCGCGCGAGCGAGCCGGUCGGAGCGGACGGACCGCGUGCGUCAGUUGGCUGUCAGACCCCCUUGGUUUAGUGUAUGAGAGGGUAGCGUAACGUGUGACAUAACGAUAGGAGAAGCUGUGUGAGGUGUGUAUAGUGUAUAUUUUUUAAAAAUAGCUUGCUUGUAUUGUGAAGAUUUUAAAGACAAACUUGAGAAUUCUAGCCUAACUAUUAACACGAGUUUAACAUCAGUUACCCCACUGGGUUCGGAGCCUCUUGAAUGUAUAUUCCUUUUUGUAACCUAAAUGACCUAUUCUUCUACCAGUCAGCCAGACAUCCUAUUUAUAUUUUUAAUUUUAUAUAUUACUUUCCAUUUGUUCUCAUUAUUUCCAGCAUGUUUCUGGGUUUGGUUUUUGUUUGUUUGGGGUUUUGUUUUGUUUCUUUCUUUUUUUUUUGCACAAGCAUUGUGUGAAGUCAAAGAAAUGUUAACUCAAACCUGGUUUUUUUUCCAACCUGUUCCCCCCCCCCCUUUUUUUUUUCUUCCACCGACAGUUUGGGCUUUUCUGGGAUGGGAUGCGACGGGUGGGAGGAGGGGACGGCUAUUCCCAUUUGCAGCUUCUGUGCAAAUGCCAGGUCUUUUGCCAGUCCACUGAAACACUUCACUUGUGGAUUGCUUUUAAAAAUUAAAACACACACAAACAAAAAUGUAACCUUAUCAGUCCGAAGUAGCCCCUGGAGGGAGGAGGGGAAGUGCACACCUGUAGCAACACCAAUCUCGCUUUAGCUGCAAAACAAACGGGACCCUUUUCCCCAGCGCGGUGGCUGCCGGGCAGGCUGCGGCGGGCCCCUGCGGUGGCCCGGUCCAGGCACAGGUACCGCUCGGCUCCGGGGAAGCUUUUCCCAGCUCGUGCUCCGGUGCUGCUGGGCGCCUGUUCCUGCGGGGUCGGGUGAGCCGUGCCGGGGAGGGCCGGGCUCCUACCCCCUCUGCGCCCGCGUGUGCACAGGCAGCAGAGCUGCUGCUGCUCUUCCUCUCCUCCUCCUCCUCCCUCCCUUUCCAUAAGGAAGUCCAGUUCACCACCAAGAGCUCGCCCAGCGCCCGGCCCCAGCACCGGUGGCCCUUCGCUCUGGGGGCUCACCCGGGUUUAGCAAAGCCCGGCUGCCACGGGGCCGGGCAGCAGCACCCCGUCCCGGCGGUGGUGCGCUGCAGAGCAUCGGUUAAAAACACACAUAUCUGCUGUUUUACUAUGAACACUGGUCUGAGGUUUCCAGGCCCAGCACCUCCCGUGGUGGGUCACGAAGGAUUUAUCUAGGGGAAUUGAACUCCCUCCUGCUUCGGUGUCUGGUAGCACCAGCUGGUAUGAGUGAACCUACAGGUGUGCGUUUUCCUUCUCGUAGAAAAUGCCACAAGCACUAACUGGUAAGGCUUAAUGUACAGUAUAUUGUCAGUAUUCUGGUAUUCUUCUGGUUCAACAUACAUUAUAGCUCAUAUAUAACCUGUAUUAAUUGUAUAGAUUGUGCAUUUAAAGCUGUUACCAAGUUGUCAGAAAAUAAGAGAAGAGAAAGGAAAAAAAAAAUAAGGUCAUAUGUAAUAUUUUGUUUGUAAGUAUCCUUUGUAUCAUAGCAAAGGAAAUGUUAAAAAAAAAUCAACUGUAAUAAAGUAAUUUUAGUACA